AUUAUUUAUGCAAACCUGAGGACAAUAUUUACAACAUUGACUUCACCAGGUUUAAGAUCCGGGACCUUGAAACUGGAACAGUGCUGUUUGAAAUUGCAAAGCCAUCUGCUUCAGAGCAAGACGAGGAGGAUGACGACGACAGCAGUGAGCUGGACGCUAGUGCAGGCCGCUUUGUUCGGUACCAGUUCACCCCAGCGUUUCUCCGUCUUCGGACUGUUGGUGCAACAGUGGAAUUCACAGUGGGAGAAAAGCCAGUGUCAAACUUUCGGAUGAUUGAGAGGCAUUACUUCCGAGAUCGCUUGCUGAAGAACUUUGACUUCGAUUUUGGCUUCUGCAUCCCCAGUAGCAGGAACACAUGUGAACACAUCUAUGAAUUCCCUCAGCUCUCAGAAGACCUUAUCCGUCUGAUGGUUGAAAAUCCCUACGAGACCCGCUCAGACAGCUUCUACUUUGUGGACAACAAGUUGAUUAUGCACAACAAGGCCGACUAUGCCUACAAUGGAGGACAGUAAUCAUUCUGUGUCCACUGGGUGCUGUGCUGCCGUUAACCAUUCCAGAUGUGCAGGAGUGGACUGGAGUUGCUGUCUCUUGCAACAAGGCUUCUUGCCAGACCUCUUCUCCUUACAUGAGGCUGAAAACACGAAGCAAAGACGACAGCUCAUGAAAGUAAAGGAAAUCUCCCUGCAACGCUUCUCUAUCUGACACUCGACGUAUCUUGCCUCUCGUUCUCUCUUUCUGGUUCCCUUCUGGUACAUUAGGUCACGGAUCAGAGGCACUGUUAGAAAAUUGUUGCUGUUACAGUGUUUGUAGUUAGGCUGCACUUCUGGUGCUUCUGAUGUUUCACCUGUUGGGUGACUGCCCUCUUUCAAGAGGUCAGAUUGUUUGGGUAAGCUGUUUCUUAGGAGCGUUUUCCCCCUUCAAGUAGCCAGUGGCGCCUGAAGAGCAGAUCUCUCGUUCAGUUGGACAGAUCAUCUCUUUAGUGCACAAUGGUUUAGUUUGUAGCAUGGCUGAGAGUGCUUUUUAGGGUGCAUCCCGAUAUUCUCCAAUGGGAAAGAUAAGAGACUAAUUGAGCUUCU